GUGCACACGGGCACAACACACGGGUAGGUAAUUGCAAGAUACCUGUAAGAAACGGUAAUUGCAAGUAAUCUUGGGCAAUUGCAAGGUGAUUGCACGGGUAAUUAAUAUCUGUAAGAAUCUUCGGUAAUUAUACACACUAAUGGAUGCCAAGUCUCCAUUGGUGUUAGUAUUUCUGCAUUUUUGAUUUCUGACUCUGAAAUAGAAGGGACGAUCUCAGUAAGCUAGAUCGCUUCACGCGUUCGUAAAGGAUGGCAGAGAAGAAAGCAAAGAAACGUAAGAAGCUGGCACCGAGCGAAGAUGUCGGCGAUGAUCCUCCGGCAAAGGCGGGUAAGACUUCGGACACAGCCACAGGUGACGCCCAGACGCUGGCCGGCGCUGUGCCGAUCCCGGACAAUAUGCUCAAAAAGCAGACCGACGCCCAGAAGGAAAAACAGAAAAAGAUCGCUGAAGCAAACAAGGCUCUGAAACGGGAAAAGCGCAAGAACAGGGUAAAAAAGAACAAGCCGCAAAUGACGCCCGAUCAGUCACCUGCUGCGGUUAAGAAGACCACGCCCGAGUAUGCAAUCAGCUACGUCACUCAGUGGAAGGAAGAUAAGUCCAACUGGAAGUUCCAAACGCUGGUGCAAUCAUGGAUUCUACAGAAUCUAUUGGACGACACCAAAAUCAGCAAGGCCGACUUUCCGCUGGUGCUCGAGUACGCGGUGUCGGUGCGCGGGGCCGCCCGCGGCCGGCUGGCCGACGAGAUGCGAGCUGUGGUAGAGGCGCGCGACCGGUGGCCGUCGCUGCGCGCAGAGGGACAGACGCGCGAACAGGCGCGCGAGGCCAUCGGCAGGGACAAGCCCACCAAACGGGCGUACCGGCGCGCGCGCAGUGUGCUCCAGAGCCUGGACGAUGACGAGUGAGGUAACUGUGUGUGUUGGGGAGGGGGGGGGGGGAGAUGAUUGUCUGCUCGGCGAGCAGUUGGAGAGUGAUUUGGGGUUUGAGCACAGGGAGAAUUGUGAGAAAGGGUUGCGGGUAUGAGAGUGGAGCUCCUUUUAAUGUUGGUUUUGAUGUGGGGGCUGCAGCGUGAAGACAUGGGGUGCGAUGCUGUCAUGACUUUAUUUGAAGUGUUGCCAUUGUUUGUCGCGCUCACCGUUAUUUGACAUGUGUUGUUGACGACUGCGUCUCGCUGGUCACCCAAUUCAUCUGAGCAGAGACGGAAGACCAUCAAUACGAUGAUUUCGGAUGA